UGCUUCCAGUCUCAGUGACGGUGGCCCGGCAGGCCAAAGAAGGCUUUCCUCGGUAGGACUAGCCACAAUUCCACCUGGAACUUCUGUCCGGCCCUGUUCCAUGCUUUCAGCAUCACAAUGUAGAAGGAGAUGAUAGUGGGUGUGCUUUGCUCCGGAAGUAUGCCGGCAACUUGUUCCUUAUUUUCCAGGGAGCCAGCAUGGCAUCCCGUGGUAGAAAUAGCAGGUGUGUUCAGGGGAACGGUAUGAAGUUGAAGAAACAAGUGACAGUGUGUGGGGCAGCUAUAUUCUGCGUGGCUGUCUUCUCCCUCUAUCUCAUGCUAGACCGAGUGCAGCAUGAUCCCACCCGGCACCAGAAUGGUGGCAACUUUCCCCGAAGCCAGAUCUCAGUGCUACAGAACCGAAUCGAACAACUGGAGCAGCUGUUAGAGGAGAAUCAUGAGAUCAUCAGCCACAUCAAGGACUCGGUGCUGGAGCUGACGGCCAAUGCAGAUGGCCCUCCUGCUCUGCUCCCUUACCACAUUCCCAAUGGCUCCUGGGUGGUACCGCCUGAGCCCUGGCCUAGCUUCUUUUCCAUCUCCCCCCAAGACUGCCAGUUUGCUCUGGGGGGGCAGGGCCAGAAGACAGAGCUCCAGAUGCUCACCUUGUCGGAGGAGCUGGCCUUUGACAAUGUGGAUGGUGGUGUGUGGAAGCAAGGCUUUGACAUCCCCUACAGCCCCCAUGACUGGGACUCGGAUAACCUGCAGGUGUUUGUGGUCCCCCAUUCCCACAAUGACCCAGGUUGGAUAAAGACCUUUGACAAGUAUUACACAGAACAGACACAACACAUCCUUAACAGCAUGGUGCCCAAGCUGCAAGAGGACCCCCGGCGACGCUUUCUCUGGGCUGAGGUCUCCUUCUUUGCCAAGUGGUGGGAGAACAUCAAUGCUCAGAAGAGGGCAGCAGUAAGAAGGUUGGUGGGAAAUGGUCAGCUGGAGAUGGCAACUGGAGGCUGGGUGAUGACUGAUGAAGCCAAUUCCCACUACUUUGCAAUAAUUGACCAGCUCAUCGAAGGGCACCAAUGGCUGGACAAAAACCUUGGUGUGACCCCACGCUCCGGCUGGGCCAUCGACCCAUUUGGAUACAGUUCAACCAUGCCUUACCUCCUUCGUCGCUCAAACAUAACCAGCAUGUUAAUCCAGAGAGUGCAUUAUGCGAUCAAGAAGCACUUUGCUGCUACACACAGCUUGGAGUUCAUGUGGAGACAGACAUGGGACCCAGAUGCCAGCACGGACAUCUUUUGCCAUAUGAUGCCCUUCUACAGCUAUGAUGUGCCGCAUACCUGCGGCCCCGACCCCAAGGUCUGCUGCCAGUUCGACUUCAAGCGUUUGCCGGGUGGGCGCAUCAACUGCCCUUGGAAGGUGCCGCCCCGGGCCAUCACGGAGGCCAACGUGGCCGAGAGGGCAGCCCUGCUUCUGGAUCAAUACCGAAAGAAAUCCAAGCUGUUUCGAAGCAACGUGUUACUGGUGCCCCUUGGCGACGACUUCCGCUAUGACAAACCCCAGGAGUGGGAUGCCCAGUUCUUCAAUUACCAGCGACUCUUCGACUUCCUCAAUAGCCAGCCCGACCUCCACGUGCAGGCCCAGUUUGGCACUCUGUCUGACUAUUUUGAUGCCCUGUACAAGAAGACAGGGGUGGAGCCUGGUGCCCAGCCUCCGGGUUUUCCUGUGUUGAGUGGAGAUUUCUUCUCUUACGCCGACCGGGAGGAUCACUACUGGACAGGCUAUUUCACCUCCAGGCCUUUCUACAAGAGUCUGGACCGGGUCCUAGAGGCCCAUCUGCGGGGGGCAGAGAUCCUGUACAGUCUGGCACUUGCCCACAUCCGGCACUCUGGCAUGACCGUUCAGUACCCGCUCUCAGACUACGCCCUGCUGACUGAUGCUCGUCGCGCCCUCGGGCUCUUCCAGCAUCAUGAUGCCAUCACUGGUACUGCCAAGGAGGCAGUGGUGGUAGACUACGGCGUCAGGUUGCUGCGUUCUCUUGUGAGCCUGAAACAGGUCAUCAUCAAUGCCGCUCACUACCUAGUGUUGGGGGACAAAGGAACCUACCAUUUUGAUCCCAGCACACCUUUCUUCAGCAUGGACGACACACGCCUCACCCAGGAUGCCCUGCCUGAGCAGACGGUGAUUCGGAUGGACUCCUCGCCCCGGUUUGUGGUUCUCUUCAACCCCCUGGAUCAGGAGCGGCUCAGCGUCGUCACUUUGCUUAUUAACUCUCCCCGGAUCCGGGUCCUUUCUGAGGAGGGCCAGCCCUUGGCUGUUCAGCUCAGCGCCCACUGGAGCUCUGCCACCGACGUCGUCCCCAACGUCUACCAGGUAUCCGUGCCGGCCCGCUUGCCCGCCCUGGGCCUCAGCAUCCUGCAGCUGCAUCCGGGCCUGGAUGGGCGCCGCACCCUGCCCUCCUCCGUGCGUCUCUACCUGCAUGGCCGGCCGCUGUCUGUGAGCAAGCAGGACAUCUUCCCCGUGCACGUCGAUGAGGCCGGGACCAGUGACUUUGCCCUCAGCAACCGCUACAUGCAAGUCUGGUUCUCGGGCCAAACUGGGCUCCUGAAGAGCAUCAAAAGGGUGGAUGAAGCCCAGGAGCAUCGACUGAGCACCGAGUUCCUCAUCUACGGCACGCGGACCUCCAAAGACAAGAGUGGCGCCUACCUCUUCCUCCCUGAUGGCGAGGCCAAGCCCUACGUCCCCAGGGAGCCGCCCGUUCUUCGGGUCACGGAAGGCCCCUUCUUCUCGGAGGUCGUCGCCUAUUACCAGCACAUGCAGCAGGUGGUGCGGCUCUACAACCUGCCGGGGGUGGAGGGCCUCUCCUUAGACGUCUCCUCCCUCGUGGACAUCCGAGAUCACGUGAACAAGGAGCUGGCACUUCGCAUCCAGACAGACAUCGAAAGCGAAGGUGUCUUCUUCACAGACCUCAAUGGCUUCCAGAUCCAGCCCCGUCGGUAUCUGAAGAAGCUGCCACUGCAGGCCAAUUUCUACCCCAUGCCAACCAUGGCCUACAUCCAGGAUGGCCAGAGCCGCCUCACCCUGCUCACCGGCCAAGCGCUCGGGGUGUCCAGCUUGAGCAGCGGCCAGUUGGAAGUUAUCCUAGACAGACGCCUGAUGCAGGAUGACAACCGAGGCCUUGGCCAAGGGCUAAAAGAUAACAAGAGAACCUGUAACCGAUUUCGCCUCCUUUUGGAACGACGUACCACUGCCAAUAAGGUGCAAGACGGUCGCCCAACCAGCUUCCCGUCUCUUCUUAGCCACCUGACUUCCAUGCACCUAAAUACUCCAGUGAUGGCCCUCCCUGUGGCCAGGGAGCAGCCUGGAGGCCCUCCCUUACGCUCCUUUCAGCCACUGGCCGCCUCACUUCCCUGCGAUAUUCACUUGCUCAACUUGCGAAUGCUCCAAGCUGAGGAUGACAAGCUACCCUCAUCUGAGGCUGCCCUCAUUCUACAUCGAAAGGGCUUUGACUGCGGCCUAGAGGCCAAGAACUUGGGUUUCAACUGUACCACAAGUCAAGGCAAGGUGGCCCUGGGGAGCCUUUUCCAAGGGCUGGACAUAAGCUUCCUGCAACCCACUUCGCUGACAUUACUUUAUGCUCUGGGCUCACCUUCUAACAGCAUGGAUAUCCACUUGGAGCCCAUGGAGAUUUCCACCUUUCGCCUCCGCCUGGGCUAGGACCCUUCAUAGCCAAGUGAGGAAGUACAUCCAUACAGACCACCUUUCAAAAUAAAGCUGAGAUGGACAGCUGCACUGGGUGCCCCAACCUACUCCACCUUCCCCAACUGUGACAGACCAAGCUCUGCCCCAUUGUUCUCUAUUUAUUGUUGCUCCUGUGCUUGGGGGGCUGCCCAGAAGCCUGGGAUUAUACAGAUGGGGCAAAACGCAGGUAGGCUCAGGAGAGACGGACCCUGUGUGCCGGUGCCAGUGAUGCUGGGCAGUGCCAGGAGGUGCAUGAGUGGCUGCCCGCUUGGACAUGAGGUUCUUGCCCUCAGUUCCGAUCCUGUCUCCCUCCUGUUAGCUUUGGGGACAUGAGAGACCAAGAGCAAGCAUGGAGAAGAACUGAGGGAGGCACCAAGGAAUGAGAUCUAGUGUGCUGCCCUGAUGGAGGCAGGUAUGCGAGGAGAAGAGAAUCAUGAUCCCUCCGUCAGUCAGAGCUGGCUCUGAAAUGAAGUACAGACACUUCAGUGUGAUGCUCAGAACUACAGAAAUCUAAGAAUGGGGUGUGAGCCGCUGACAGCGAGGCCAGGCUACCCCUCAGUGCUGUCCUGGCUAAGGGGAUCUGCAUCAAGCAGGUGAUUUUGUAGCAAUUGAUAAGAACUCUUUGUAUGGAACUAGAGACUGUGACUUUGCCAGAGUUCACAGGACACUUCAGGUAAACAAAACUCAUUUCAAACUA